UUUACCUUUCCUAAAAUACUUUUCAUCUUUAUUAUGGAACUAUUCCAAAAUAUAUACAAAAUAAAAGACAAAUUCUAAAAUCCAUUUCACUCAAAACUCCACUCCAACUUCUCUUUUUUCAAUUUUCCACCAACACCAAUAAAUCGAAAAUUAAUCAUCUCCUAAAUGUCAAUAUUAUCCUACAUUACCUAAGUGACCUCUUAUACAAUCAAUUUUUCAUAAACUUUCAUAAAGCACUUUCGAUCUAUUUAUUAUACUUAUACCCCAAAACUUUUUGCCACACUAUAAAUUCUCUUCAGUAUUUAUAUAUUAUAUAAACCAACGCCUAUACAAGUGCUUCCAUAUAUUGUAAACAACGCAUUUUACUUUUAAGCAUACCAAUAAAAAAAAAAGAGAAAUUUCUUUUCCUUUACUUUUCUUCCUUUUUUCCGCAAUUAAAUUUGGGUCAAGCAUCAUUUAGAAAAAAAAAAAUAAAAUAAAAAACAAAUAUUACAACAUCGUUUAGGGCAUCGUUAGAAAAACCGCCCAAAAAAUAUACUUUUUGGUCUCAUCUUGAAUUUAUAAUACCGCAUAGAUACUUUUUACGUGAGAUAGUCUUUUCGUAUUAGAUAUGUUUCGAAAUAAAAAAAAAAAGAAAACUUAACCUUGUAUCUAAUUUGCAUAAAAGGAUACUCGAAAACUUUUUUUCUUAUUCUUCUAGCUCCUUAAACUUCGGUCGAAGCGAAAAUAAUUAAAAGGAUAAGAUUAAAUUUACCAUUUAUUGUUCAUCGCUUGUUAUUAUAGAAUUUUCAAAAAGAAAAACAAAAAAAAUCAUUAUUUUCGAGUCACGUGGGUUUUGAUUUAAGUUUUUUAUUGUUGUUGUUGGUACACAUUUAACCUACCAUGACCAGCUCGUGUAGGUUUAUCCUGUGACAUUUUCCCGGGUUGUAAAACUACCCCUACUAUGAAAUCCUUUCUCUCUUUGAAAGCACAUUCUCUCGAAAUCUCACUCUCUCUCUCUCUUGAUGUGGUAGGUUUUCAGUUUCCUUGUUCUCUGUAUUUAAUUUGUAUCCAAAACCACCCACCACAGUCCACAACUCCUUCCUUGAGACGUUGCGCGCCGCCGCCGCCACCACUUCUCUCAAUCAUCAUAGAAUUUGUUGAAUCCUUGUUGGGGUUUCGGCAAUGGUCUCGACUAAAAAUCUCGUUGACCUCAUUUCCGUCGGAAUUCUCGUCGAGUUUAGUCGUGCUGCUGCCAUAUAGCUGAUGGUUACCAAAAAAGUCCUCCGGGGAGACUCUUAAAUAAAAAAAUACUAUACACUUCUCCCAAUUUGUCGUAAAACAUCCAAACAUUCGUGUCGUCCUAGCCUAACGGUGUGUUGUCGUUAUUGCUGCUGAAAGUAAGCAAAUAGCAAAAUAGCAUCAAAAUAAUAAAAGGAAACCUACAUAAAAACAAUAUUUAUAUUACUAAAUGUAGAUUCACACUAUCUUCUUUUGUUUGGAUUUGAAAAAAAAAAAAACAAAAAAAUCCCAAAACAGCAUCACGCGGAAAUAAGUUCGUGAAAAAAAUAUUUACAUAACUUUUUGUUACUUAUAUGAAUAAAAAAAAAUACUAAAAAAUAUUUCCUGGCAACGCGGUGCAUCUAAUAACUUGAAAAAAAAAAUCUAAUUAAAUUUCAGUCGUGAGUUUAUAAAAAUCUUCACUUAAACCAAGCCCAGCAAAAGGGUAUUAAAAUUCCCAAAUAACAACAACAAAAAGAAGAAGAUAAAAGUUACAUAAAUAAAAAUUUGCUCUGAGAUAGCAAAGUGUGUGUUUUUUUUCUAAAUUGUGAGUUCAAUCUUCGAUUCAUUGUUGUUUCCCGCGUCUCGUCGUGUAUAUGGUCUGUGUAAAUAUAUUCAAAUGUAUCUAUGCUAAUUGCUAUUGUAUAUAUAUUGGUUUAGUUUAUAUAUGAGGAGAGUGUAUAUCUAUCUAUCUAUGUAUCUUUUAUAAAUAAUUGUCGUAGAUAAAAAGUGCAAAGAAAAUAAAAAUAAAAAGUAUCUCUAAUUGUGAUUGUGUGGCUUAAUUCUAUAACCGGUGUGGUGCUAUAGUAGAUAUCAAUUAAAGCCAAUAAGAAAAUAUCUAUCCAUAUAUAAAGAAGUACACACUCUGUAAGCCUUCAAAAAACCUCAUCAGCAGCGAGUAUUAGAUAAUUUGUACAGGCAAAAUAAAACAUUUGUAAAUCUACACGGUAAAUAUUGGAAGAAAUCAGCAAAAUUAAUAACAACAACAAUAACAUUCGGAGCAGCAGAGGUGUGACAAUGCGUGAGAAAAAAGGUGGCGCAUUGCAAAAACUAAAGAAGAGGCUAUCCCACAGUUUUGGAAGAUUAACAAUUUCAAGAGAGGACGGCGACGAAUCACACCACCACCAUCAUCACCACCAUCUACAUCACAGGGGUGGUCAUGGACACAAUCACGGUAGCAAAGUUCCCUACAAUGGAUACAACUCUGAGGAGUUUCUGGACAGACUGGAGCCGAAUGGUAACAUCCCAGCCGAUAAAUCAAAUUGUAGAUACGGGGAUCGGGAACUGGCAAAUAAUGAAAAGAAACAAGACUGGCGAAGUGGCGUAAAUGACCACGAUCGAGUGCAGCGACAACUGUCCGUAUCAUCAGACAGCAAAUUGCUCGAUGACGAUAUCAGGGAAGAGACACGAGUCAUAAUGAGACCAAAAAAACCGCCCAGACCUAAAUCAGAAGUGUUUUUAAAUAAACAGGACCCGCAUCCAAGACGAAAACGUUUCAGUGCAUUUGGGGGUGAUUCACCGUUUGGUAAAUCGGAUGCAUACAUAAAAUUAGAACAACUGGGCGAAGGAUCAUAUGCAACUGUCUAUAAGGGUUUUAGCAAUUUAACCCACCAAAGAGUUGCACUAAAAGAAAUUAGACUGCAGGAGGAAGAGGGUGCCCCAUUCACAGCGAUUCGUGAAGCCUCGCUACUCAAAGAACUGAAACACUCAAAUAUUGUUACAUUACACGACAUUGUACAUACGAGAGAAACGCUAACUUUUGUUUUUGAAUAUGUUAAUACGGAUUUAUCACAAUAUAUGGAAAAACAUCCGGGCGGUCUGGAUCAUCGUAAUGUGCGUCUAUUUCUGUUUCAAUUGCUGCGCGGUUUGUCGUAUUGCCACAAACGUCGAGUACUGCAUCGGGAUGUGAAGCCACAAAAUUUACUCAUAAGCGAUGCUGGUGAAUUGAAGCUUGCCGAUUUCGGUUUGGCAAGAGCCAAAAGUGUUCCAAGCCAUACAUAUUCCCAUGAAGUGGUUACGUUAUGGUACCGUCCACCAGAUGUCCUUCUUGGUAGCACCGAGUAUUCCACAUCGUUGGAUAUGUGGGGUGUGGGGUGUAUAUUCGUUGAAAUGGUCACAGGGAUGCCAACAUUCCCCGGUAUUCGAGACACAUAUGAUCAGCUGGAUAAGAUAUUUAAAUUGCUUGGCACGCCGACAGAGGAGACGUGGCAGGGUGUAACACAUUUUCCCGGAUACAAACCGCAUAAAUUAGGUUUUUAUAGGUCGCGUAAAUUAGGUCAUAGUUUUCCUAGGUUGUACGAUAUUAUUGAAGGAGAAGCGAUAGCGAAUGCCUUCCUGCAAUUGAAUCCUGAAGAAAGGAUAGGUGCAGAGGACGCACUGCAUCACUCGUAUUUUGCACAGUUGCCAAAAAAAUUAUACGAACUACCCGAUGAAACAUCGAUUUUCACCGUUGAAGGUGUGCAUUUGUAUCCAGAGCCUAACCGACAAAAUAAAUGAAAAUUAAAGCAAGUUCUAUCCCUGGAUGGUGUUCGUCACUACUGUUAACAGCAGCCAUAUACAUAAAUAUAUUAAAAUAAAACAAAAAAUAAAACUAAAUGAAAAAUAUUUUUAAUUUAAUUUAAAAUUUAAAAAAUAUAUAGAAAAAGGAAAUUAAAAAAUUUAAUUCGAUUAAUAAAUAACACAAACAAAAAACACUAGAAAAUGAAUGGAAUCAGAAAAGGAAAUUAAAUAAACGAAAAAACCGAAGUCCUUGUUUGUAUCUCCGCUGGAUCUUUUCAAAAACUUCAAAAGUAUGCUGAAGAUUCGACGCUGGAUAGCUUCACAUUUGUAAAAUACAACAAACAACAAGUAUCUGGACCGACAAGGAUUCUUAACGAUGACGCUUGGAACUACCACAAACAAUUAAUAAAUUAAAAAAAAUAAUUAAACAAAAUGUGAAAUACUACCAACAGGACCAUUCAUUAGAUAAAAAUGAGAAAAAAAGAUUAAAUAAUGCAAAAAUUAAUUAAUAAAUAAUAAAAUAUAAAAAAAAAACUAAAAAGUAAAAUAAAAAGAAGAAAACAAUUAGAAGCGUAGAGUAGAAUAUUUAAGUCGUCUUGUACUAUCCAUCCAGUCAUUUAUGAUGCGUUCGCUCAUCUUUCAAAGAAGGAAUAUGUAUUUAAGUUCUGCAAUUUAAAAUCAAAACAAAUUAAAAUGCUGUUUUUUAAAUUUUUAAUUUUCUCCUUGGUUCCUUUCAAUGUUUUUCUUUUAAAUGUCCUUGUUACAAAUCAAAUGGAAAAAAAAAUUGCAUUAUUGUAUACACUUUUUUAAUAUCAUUUUCCUUUUUUAUAUGUUUAUAUACAGAAUAUUAUGAAAAAAAAAACAAAUUGUUAUUUUGAAUUUAUUAAAUUUAAUUGAUAGUAAAUCUAAGCAAAACAAAAAUUAAUACAUUUAUGCAAAAUGAAAUAAUACACACCUUCUAUGUUAUAAAGGUUUAUUUUAUUUUUUUUCUUGUUUCACAAUGUGUUUUACUAUAGUUUCCAUUUUUUCGUAUUUGUUUAUAAAUAAAUAUUAUAUUACUUAAAAUCUUAUACCACUUGCAAUUUAUGUUAAUGAUGAUAAACAACAAAAAACUUAUUUGUAAAUGUUUACAAAUAUUUUUAAGUAAACGAAAUAAUACACAAUUUUAUUUUAUUUUUUAAUGUUUUCUUUUCGUUAUAGAUAUUUUUUUUAAUUUCAAUGUAAAUGUAUUAUUAUUAACCAUUAUAUAUAUUAAUUUCAAAAUUUGUAUUAUUUUUGUCUUAUUUGUUUUGAAAAACAUUUAUUUUAUCUGAAUCAAAAAAAAAAACAAAAAAGUUUAUAUAUAAAAUAAACACAUAACAUUUAUUUUAUUUGCGUUUUUUUUCAGUUUAAUUUGUUAAUUUAGUCUGAUAAUUUAGUUUUUUAUAAUUAGUUCCAGUGUAGUCAAAAUCUUAUAGGACAAUUUUAUGAAACAUUUUUGCUAACACGUCGCAAAAGUUUUUAGACAAAAACGUAGUAUUAGAAAAAGUACAUAUUUUGCUCCGAGUUUUAAGCAUUCUAUCCUUGUCGUAUAAGAAUCAAAAAUUCGACUAAAAGAGCUGCUAACAUUUUAUAAUAUUUUUUAAAGUACUUGGACUUUGAAACCCUCACGAAGAGACGAACAUUUCUUCUAGGUUACCAUCUUAAAGAAGUAACUAGAAUAUACUGGAGAAAGUUCUUAAUGCAGUGACUUUAAUAUUUGCAGAAGUAGAAUUAUAUUUCAUUAGAAGUUCUGCUGGUUGACUAAACUAUACAUAAAGGAUCUUCCAACAAGAGGUUUUACAUUGAAAAGCUUUACCUUUUAAAACUGUCAUCUGUCGAAAUUUGACCAGUAAAAACAUGCCAAUAAUUUUGGAAGAAAGGUUCCCACACGUUUCAAAUCUCCAGAGGUGAUCACUAUUAGGAAUCAAACUCUUCCAACUUCGAUAUUGAUAUUGAUCAACUUGUUUUAUGUAUUAUUUGUUUCAGCCAUCUAUAUUCCUCCUAAGAGUAAUUUGAAUUUUUACAAAGUUCAUUUAAAUAACUUAGAAUCAAUAUUGGAUAAUCUUAAAAGUUCAGAACAUAUUUUAUUUGCAUGUGAUUUUAAUCUUUGUAACAUUGAAUGGACGUUGGACUUGGAAGACAAAUGCUUAAUUCAUUUUAAUGUUUCAGCUGAAAUAGAAUCUUUUGUUAUAGACUUCUUGGGCCAAUAUAAUUUAAUACUUGAUUUGGUUUUCGUGGACAGUGAGUUUCUCAUUUGUCUUGACAAGUCCAACUUCCCGAUCAUUGAAAACUCCAAUUAUUAUGUUGCAAUUGAUGGAAAUAUUUAUUUUUACCACUUUCUUAAGAAAGAGGAAUCUAUUCAUAAGUAUGUUUAUGAUUUUCGAAAAGCAGACUAUGAUGGACGUUCCUUUCAUCCAAGAGAUGCCUUCCGUAAAUAGAAUUGUCGACAUCGGCUCGGUGAACUUAAGUCGUAAAGAAAUUGAAGAGGCUCUGUCUGGAUUAGAUGCCAAUUAAAGUGAAGGACCCGAUGGGAUUCCUGCUUGUCUUUUGAAAAACUGUGCAAUUGCGUUAGCUGAAACACUUUAUAUAAUUUUUAAUCUUUCACUUGCAACAGGAAAUUUUUUUGGAUAGGUGGAAAAUUUCGUUUUUGUCUCCAAUUUUUAAAUCGGGGGUCAAGGCAGGAAAUAACUAAUAUAGGCCAAUAUGUAAAGUUUCUGCAAUACCAAAAAUAUUCGAAAAGCUAGUUUGUAACAAACUUUCAGUUUUGUUUCGUAGCCACAUAUCAGUUUUAGCUUGACUGGCUCAAGAUAGCAUAUCAAAUAUUGAAAUGAUGUGUCAAACGAAAACAUUCGAUAGAAUAUUUCAUAACGUCUUACUUCAUAAAUUAGCUUCCCUAGGUAUUCACUCUUCGUUAUUGAAGUGGCUUAAAUCAUACUUGACAGGUAGAAUUCAAAAAGUAAAAAUAGAUUUCUCGUUCUCAUUUGACAUCUUUGUUCCAUCAGGCGUUCCGCAAGGAAGUCAUUUAGGGCCAUUAUUGUUUUUGUUAUUUGUAAAUGACAUACCUAAUGUAUUUAAUGAUGGAUGACCUAAAACUUUAUCGUAAAAUAAGCAGUGAAUCUGAUUGUUCGCUCCUUUUGAAGAAUCUAGCAAGAUUAAAUGAUUGCUGCCAACAGAAUCACCUUCUCCUUAAUAGUUCUAAAUGGCAAGUCUUAUCGUGUUUCAUGAAUAACAACUCAAUUUUGUUCGUUUAUAAAAUCAAACACAUAAAACUAGAAAGUUGACAACGGCCUAGUCACUGAUAAAGCUUCGGAUUCCAUCGAUCACCGAAAUCAAGCAUCAGUGAGCGUGGUUAGUAGAAAGAUGGUGCACCGUCUCAAAACCUACCGCGUGCUGUUGUCAUGUGUUCUUUCUGUCUGUUGUUCUUUCUCUUCUGUCUUGUAUUAAUGUCUUGUGUUGUUAUCACCUUACAUAGUCUAGUCGCUCAAGGUGCUGUGUUCUCUACUCUGUUCAUUUAUGGGUUGAGUAGUGUGAAAUGUAAUGUAAUAACUAGAAAGAGUGAGGAAAAAGAAAGACCUAGGAGUUAUCUUAGAUACCAAUUUGUCAUUUUUACCUCACUACGACUUUAUGAUUAAUAAAGCUAAUCAAAUGCUUGGCUUUAUCAAAAGAAACACCAGAGAAUUUUCAGAUCCCUAUACAUUAAAAUCACUAUAUAAUUCUUUUGUAAGGUCGGUUUUGCAUAGUCUGGAAUCCUUAUUAUAAUAAUUCAAGGGAUAGAAUUGAGAGAGUUCAAAAGAAUUUUACAAGAUAUGCUUUCUUUAAGUUGAAAUGGAGGAUUACAAGACCGUCCUACAGUGUUCGGUGUUUGCUGUUUGAAAUACAAUCUCUUCAAGAUCGUAGAGUAUACUUUUCAGUAAUGUUUAUUAGGGAUAUCGUUACGUAUCAUAUUAAUUGUCCCCCGUUACUAUCAUUAUCAACUGGAGGUAAUGCUCCAUCAAGAACAACACGCUGUCGAUUUCUUAUUUAUGAACAGUUUCAUCGUAGCAAUUAUGGUCGAAAUGAACCUAUUUCCCGUUGUAUCAGCUAGACUAAUUUAAUUUGUAGCAGGGUCGAUUUUCAGCUCUUGGAAUUUCACACCUUUAGAAACGUUCUGAACACGCUUUGUUUAAAAGAGUUCAUAAUAGAAGACGUUAACAACACGAGAAAUAUAAAUUAUUUGUAAGAAGCUCUUGAUUUGAUUUGAAUGACUAUCAACAAAAUUAUUUUAAAACUCAUUGAGCAAACCGCUUUUCAAAAUAUGGGACAAAAGUUGCCAGAAAUAUGGAAAUUAAAAACCAAAGAUUUAAAAUGAAAACAUUUUAGAACGACGCUAGUACUUUACUUCACUUUGUAACAAAACCCAAAUUUAUUCGGCUUAAAUAAUAGCUUAUUCUUAAUCUAAUUCAAACAAACUGAGAACAUAACCUUCGAUUGUGAAGAGCAAUAAGUGGCACAGAAGACUGAGUUUUAAGGAAAGAGUACUGAUGUUAAAAUCAAAAGUUCCAAGUUCCAAGAAUUUACACUACUUUUCGGUGGGUAGAAACAUAAUGCAUAUUCCCAAACUAGAAAUUUCCUUAAAACGGUCAAGGAAUUUUCUGAUAGCAUUUUGCUUAAUUAUUUCUCCUUUGUAUUCAUAACAGUUUAGACUAAUAUUCAGUCUAAGUUUUCCCUUGCUCACGCAGGGCUCAUGGUGUUUAUUUUAUUUAAUGAACACAAUUUUGGCAAUACUGCACAAGCUUUACAAUCAAGAACUCAGCCAAGGCCUAUGCUAAGGCUCCACAAUCUAUUUAAAAAAUGUAAUAUUAAAUUUUUAAAGUUAUCGAAGAUGUACAGCAAAUGUGUGAAUUUGUCAUGAAUCUUUUUUCAUUGUUAAUGGCAAACCAUAAAAUAAACAUCCAUUGAUUUAUUUUACAAAAUAUCCGUUGCUGUUUUUUAAAUAACGAAAUGAAACCUCUUAUUGGAAAGCUCUGUAUAAGUCCACAGACAAAUUGUGUACGCAUUGAUCUGCUAUCAUGUUUUAAUAAUUUGGCACAGCUUUUUGAUCUCUAAGACUGUGAGCUGUUAUAUAUAUUUGUAUUAUAUUUAUUUUUUGCUGGUUUUCAAAGUUCGCUCUUAAAUUUGACCAAAAUUUGGUUACUCCAAAAAUGAAAGGUCAAAUAACAUGCUUAUCUCCUCAUAAAAUCAUCAAAAAUAAAAACAAAAAACAUUCUCUUAACAUUGUAUUAUAGAUAAAAUUCGUAGACUUGUAAACAAUGUCAAAUUAGGAGAUCGAACCAAAUACCUUAACAGUGAAUUUUGCACAAAAAUGUUUAUAAAUAAAACAACCAGUGCCUUUUAUUGUUUUAAAAAACUUAAGAUCUUGUGAUCCUUUCGAUUCUCAGACUGUCUCUUAAAAAACUAAUUUUAUUUUAUUUUAUUUAUUUUUUACAAUCUAUUUUUUUAAUGAAAUCAUAUAUAAUUUUUGUUUCUUAUUUGAAUAAAUCAUCAUCUGUCUGUUCCUAUGCUUUAUUGAAUUAAAAACAAAACAAACGGUGCAAUAUAUAUUUACUUAGGUCUUUAUUUCGAAUAAAUAUUAGCAUCAAAGUAGAUUUUGCACUGUUAACCAUAAUAACUGAAGAACCACUAAGUAAUAAUAAAUAAAAGGAAACCAAAUAUCGGCACGUCAAAAAACAUUAUAGAUUUAGAAAUAAAUACAAAUUAAAACAUCGAAUCUUUUGUACAAUAUUUAUUUUUUUUUUUCAAAACUAUUAUUUCUGUAAAAAGUUGAAGUUUUUAAUUUUUUUUAAUUUUCUCUCAACUAAGUAAUUAAUAUCCUAAAUGUUAAAGUUCACGUAGUGACGUUUUCUACAAACAAAUUUAUUCGAUCCUUCUUAAUUUCAAUAUAGACAAAAAUACUAUUAGAAAGAACUUAGCAAAAUAACAAACAUUCAAUUUCAAUAAAAUACCUACAAAU